GGGGAUGGGGCGGUGGGGGUGGGGGUGGGGGGUGGUCACCAUCCAGCUCCUGGUCGCUCCCGUGUCCCUGCUCUGAUGUUUGUUUGCGUCCGAAAUCCUGCACAGAAAAGCAACCAAAGACGUCUGUCCUUCAUCCAUCCAUCCAUCCAGCCAUCCAUCCAUCAUCAAUCCAUUAUCCAUCCAUCCAUCCAUCCGUCAUCCAUCCAUCCAUCCAUCAUUCAUCAGUUCAUCAUCCAUCCAUACAUCAUCCAUCCAUCCAUCCAUCAUUCAUCCAUCCAUUAUCCAUCCAUCAUCCAUCCGUCCAUCUGUCAUCCAUCCAUCCAUCUUUCAUCAGUUCAUCAUCCAUCCAUCCAUCCAUCCAUCCAUCCAUCCAUCAUCCAUCCAUUCAUCUAUCCAUCCAUCCAUCCAUCCAUCAUUCAUCCAUCUGCCAAAAUCCAUCCAUCAUCCAUCCAUCCGUCAUCCAUCAAUCUGUCAUCCAUCCAUCCAUCAUUCAUCAGUUCAUCAUCCAUCCAUUCAUCCAUCCAUCCAUCCAUCAUCCAUCCAUCCAUCCAUCCAUCCAUCAUCUAUCCAUCCAUCAUCUAUCCAUCUAUCCAACAUCUGUCCCUCAUCCAUCCAUCCAUCCAUCAUCCAUCCAUCAUUCAUCAGUUCAUCAUUCAUCCAUCCAUCCAUCCAUCCAUCAGUCAUCAGUUCAUCAUCCAUUUAUCCAUCAUCCAUCCAUGA